UUCCCAGAAACUUGUCCCGCGCGCCACGCCGUCCGUCUCCAGGGCAACCCGGCUCCUCCUAGCAACCGCGCAGCCCUGCUAUGGCGGCCGCGGGUCCCAGUGUCUUCCUGCUCAUGGUCAACGGGCAGGUGGAGAGCGCCCAGUUUCCUGAGUAUGACGAUCUCUACUGCAAGUACUGUUUCGUGUACGGCCAGGACUGGGCCCCCACGGCGCAGAUGGUGAAGGAAACAGCUCUCCCACCUGCUGCCCAGAGAGGGGAGGGGCAUGGUAGCCCGGAACUGGGACACUGGCCGUCACUAUCGUCCUCGCAGGGGCUGGAGGAAGGCAUCUCACAGAUCACAUCCAAGAGCCAGGAUGCGCGGCGCGCGCUGGUGUGGAACUUCCCCAUCGACGUCACCUUUAAGAGCACCAACCCCUACGGCUGUCCAUCUGAUUUCACGGUCCAGGCCUUACGCUCCGUGUGGCGGGGGCUCAGGCUCACCGGGCGCAGCGGGUCUGGAGCAGAGGCUUCCUGGCUGUCCCCCUGGGCGGGGACUGCAGUCCUGCUGUCAUCGUCCAUGAGAAACUUCCACAGGCUUCCUGGAACAGGGCACUAGGUAAAGGACUGAUCUCCUCCUGCUGAGGACAGCUAGGAAAGGUGAAUAAAAUAUUAAAAAGCAAAACCAGGAAAACUACUUGAAGGCAUCAGACAGGUAGCAAAGUAGUGGCGCUUUAGCAGGCCAAGACCCAGGAAAAAAGCAGAGCUCCAGAGACACCCCCAGCCACAGCUCCCCUGGGAGUAUCUGCUGAUUCCAGCAGAGGUGAUCGAGAUGCUGAUCGAGACUUUUGUCGGCCGCUCUGGGCUGGGGACCCAGGAGCCAGGAAGAUCCUGCCACCUCAGAGCUCUGAGAGAAGAGCCCGCCCUGGCCUGCGGCCUGGCUGCCCUCAUCCCCGCCCUGGACGUGGUGCCAAACAUCCACAAACUGCGCCUAACAGGACACCAGAAGGGUGAUCUAUCGUGAGCAAGGAGGGUUUAAUCCAGAAAUAAGAAGUUCGUGCAACAUCUAAAAUCAACCAGUGAGACUCACUACGUUAAAAAGAAAGUCGCCAUCAUACCCAUCGAUGAAGAAGAUGUGAUAAAAUUCAACAGGCAUUCAUGACAAACCUGUAGCAAACCAGGAGUAGAGGAAAACUUCCUUAAUCUGAUAAAGGCUAUCCACAAAAACUUAGAGCAGACAUCACUUAUUUUAGUGAGAUGUUGAAAGAUUUCUCUCUCAGGAUGCUUGUUAUGACCACCAACAUUGUACAAUUCAAAGGUAUAAGAAUUAGAAUCAUGUCACCUGUCAUUAUUCACAGGUGACAUGAUUAUGUAGCAUUUCCAAAAUAACCUACAGUAAAUUAUUAAUAAGGGGGCAUGACUGCCAAAUAUAAGAUCAGUAUACAAAAAUCAGUUGCGGGCUUCCCUGGUGGCGCAGUGGUUAAGAAUU